UUAUGAAUCACUUGUUACCGAAUGUCACAAAGCCAUGGAGUCUUUCCUCUCCGAUCGCCGCGGCUCCAGCACACCAGAACAACGAGCCCGCCGCUUUCAGCAUCUCAUGCUUCAAGGUGAGGUGCGCCGAGCUGUCCGCUUUAUCACUGCACGUGAACAAUUCGGCGUGCUGCUCCCCACAGCUCACACUGAUGACGGCAAGGGCACCGAGCGGUCUGUCUUGGACAUUCUCAAAUCCAAGCAUCCCUCUCCAACCCCUAUUAAUUUAGCCCAGCUUCCCAAAUUCGAUGCUCCCCCACCAGCCUUUGUAGAUCUUCAAAUUACCCCUGAAAUUUCUGAACAGGUUGCUGGCAAACUAUCCGGUGCUUGCGGCCUAGGCGGCACCGAUGGUCCAACUCUCAAAAAUUGGCUCCUUCGCUAUCGCCGCGCUAGUACCCAACUUCGAGCUGCGUUUGGUCUCUUUGCUCAAUGGCAAGCCAACAACUUGGUUCCUUGGGCCGCCAUCCGAGCUCUCAAUGCCAAUCGCGGCAUGGCUCUCGAUAAAUUUCCCGGUGUACGCCCCAUAGGUAUUGGUAACAUUGAACGACGCUACAUUGCCAAAUGUGUCCUCGCUGUUGCUGCCCCGCUGCGGCUGCAGCAGCUGGCACUUCUCAGCUUUCCGUUGGUUUGA